AUGAUGGAGCUCGCCCAGUCUGACUUCCAUCUUUAUCCUUACAAGGGAUGGAAGGUUGAGCAACCUACAGUUCUUCUUCAUCGAGCCAGGAACUUUCUUGCUGACGAGGACAUCGACCGAACUUUGGACUGGAGCCAGAAGUUUGCGGAACUAUCCGAGUAUUUCUCAUACCUCCUUCACAACUGGCAGGGCGAGGAAUGGGGCGCCGAGCUACAUGAGGUCAUUGACAUGCUUCACACGCAUUGGGUGUAUGAGCAGUAUCAUUACGGCGCGCCCAAGCUCAACCUCAAUUUCAACAAUGUGUGGUCGAAGCAAAGCAAGAGGCUACCUCCUAUUCCAGGCACAGAUUACCCCGUUGAGAAUUUGGACGGAGCGGAGGAUGGCGACUUGGGCGAGAGAAAGCUUCUCCUCAACAAAAUCUGCCCAGCCAUUGAUGUCCACUACAAGGUACCCUCGACGGCACUGCCGAAGUACAUUGAACUUUACACUGCCGAUGCCCCUCAUACUUGGCGAGUUCCGUUCGAAUCCAUCUCUCCUAGUCAGGGAUUGACGAACCUGGAGAAUGGCAUGUAUGAAAAGUGCGUGUUCUCAAACAUGUCCGACACCUGCAAGAGCCUCGAAACAGCCGAAGCCAAAUUCAAAUCAGAGUACGGCAAAGAGCCUUUUGGCUUUGAGACACUUGAGGCGUUCGCCGCGCUUCGUGGAACUCGACGUGCAGCCCUUCAACAGACCCUGAGCCCUCUGAAUAAUGCCGAGAAUCUUGCAGUCUGCAAUAUAUUCCGUACACUUAUCCUACCCCCAGCCAAGAUCCCAGAAAAACCAGAUGCAGGUAUCAUUCUUCCUACUAUGCAGGUUGCCAAGGUCCCUCAGAAGGAGUCUCGGGACCCCUUUGGCUAUACUCUAGCGCACAGGUGGUACAUGAGAGCAGACCAGCAUUGGGGAGACUGGGCGUACGAGCACGCUGUCAAAGAAUGCCAUGGCCACAGGUUGUGGGAGGAACGCAAAGAGCCCAUUAUGGAUCUUCCCAGGAAUUUCAAGGGACCUUAUGUUCACGACUUUUUGGAUCAUGAAAUGAAAAAGGCGGUGUUACUGUUGAAAAUGUGCGAAGUCCUACGGGAUCGGUUGUUGUUACAGAAAAAACGAACGCCGCGGGGUUUCUUGACAGAUGUUUCCCAGUGCCUAGCUGAUGGAAUGGCAGGAAAACAUUGGGAAGACGCUGGCCUAAAGUUCCCUGAAGAAGACUUUGUACCUGGCUCUCAAGACUUGGUUCACAUUAGACCUGAGGAAGAGGACCUUUUGCGAUUGCUGGGCCAAAAUUCAAUCAACAAAAAGACGGUGGACCCCAAAACCAAGGGAUCCAAGGUCGGUCAUCGUUCUAGGCUAUUUGAAAAGAGAGUCAAGGAGAUGUUUUAUGGAGAAGGCACGAAAAAUGUCGACAAACUUAGCUUUGAUGAGUUCAUGGAAGAACUCAACCGGGAUUGUGAUGGCCCAGUAAAGUGUUGGAGAUUUUCAAAAGAUGAGGCUUGGAAGGAAGCUUCUAUACUCCAAAAGAAAGGAGUCAUCAUAUUGCUUGGGCGAACGGUGUACCGCACUGAGGCUGAUCUUCACCCUGAGCAACUUGUCAGGUGGCUCGACGCAGAUAAGGACCUGGGUGCAUUCGUACAAGAUCAGGACAAAGUCAGCUCCAAGGAACCCACAAAGGAUGCUGAGGUCAGUCACGGAAAUGAUGAGAUUGAAACAAUCUCAACGGCCAUCAGCAUCCCUGAGUCAAAGACCCCUGGAGAUUAUCUGUUCGGACUACCCAGAACUGAACAUCUUCGCGAUUACGAGGAUCUUGUGGACAUUGACAUCGGCACCCUUGAACAAGAUAUGCGCAAAACUAAACGAUUUUACACCCGACUCUGCUUCCGACUUGGAAGAACCAUCCACGACCUCCGAGUCAAGCGGGAGACAUACAGGCAACAGCUCACUGUCGACCAGCGAGAGCAGAACCGUGACUUCCUAGAUUUUGUCGUGCGACUGUGGGAUUCCGAUGCCGCUUGUCGACCGAACAACAAGGAGAAAAACCCGAAGAAGGGUGAUGUCAAGCGUAUUACACCAGCAUACCAAGAUAUCAUCAAGAUAGUUGAGCCAGAAGCUUACGACACACGCUGGGACCAGUACGUUCUCAGCAAGGAUCAUCAUGAGGAUGACCUCCUGAAUCGCGAGAAAAUUCGAAAAGGAAUUAUUCGCGAGGCGUAUGAGAACAAGAGCAUGAUUUUCCCAAGCCGCAUUGAUCGUUAUACCGAUGAGGACGGCCUGACGGUUGAACUACCCCGUCGUCAUGAGCCAGUGUGGUCUUUUGCACACCCUGAACGAAAAGGCAAGGCACCACGAUACUGGGACAUGAACCGCUGGCCACUUCAUCUUCAGAGCGAAUCGACGGCGGAGAGAAUCAGAUCAGGGAAAUUCCACGAGGCCCCUCGAGCAAUAUUUUCGUCCGCUAUUGUCACGCCUUCAGACUCUCCUACUACGCCAACUGUACAGAAGACAAGACAAGAAGUAGAGGAAGAAGUAGAGGAAGAAUUGGAUGAGGAAGAGGAUGAAGAUACUGCAGUAUCUGAAAUGUCAGAUCAGGAGACAAACACACCAGAACACCAAGGUAAAACUAUCCCCGGAAUUGGGAAAGAGUUUGCCGUGACGUAUGCAGACGUGGCAGAGUCUCGUCGCACUUUUACACCUGGGCCACCCCAUUACUUCCUCGGCAGCACUCCCCUACAGAAGAAGUAUAUUGAGAACCGUAUCAAGAGCGGGAUCGCAUCAGUAGAGCCGCCCAACUUUACCUGGCGUCAGCGCUUGGGAGCUCUGUUUGGUCGCAGAAUCAUGAAUGACCCGACGGCUCUGCCAGAAGUGAACCCUCGCGACAUCCCUGAGAGCAAGCCACGAAGUGAAAACUCCGACGACGAAUCCGAAGAGGACAUGCCUGGUGUUAUGGAAAAUGACGAUAUUGACGUCGUGAUGGAAGAACUGGUGACACAGCAGCCACAUCGGAAUGAUCAUGAGCUUCCAGAAGCACCCUCGCCAAUGGUUCCGUCCUUCCCUCAUUCUUCUAAUGAGGCCCCUGGAGAGUCUACUCCCGCAGCUGUUCAGGGUGGAAGUCGUCUGGCUGAGCAGGAGAGUGAGCGAGAACCCCAGCCCUCUGUUGUGUACACACAGGAAGAAAUGCCAGAUUCAAGUCACAGGGCUCUUUAUGAUUCGGACUGA